GCGGGUCCCGCCAAGCCGCAAGGGGCAGCAGUGAGUCGUCGGCCGAGCUGGGCACAGGCUUUCUCCUGCUUCGCCCCAGCUGCUCGUCGGUCAGCAGUAUCCGCCGCCGGGCUGGGAAGGGAAGAGAAGAGAGAAGGGAAAGGAAGAGAAGGGGCCGCUGCGCAGCCAGGUCCGCGGGGCGGGGGAGAGGCCAGUGAGGCCGACACCGAGCCUCAGGCCCAGACGAACUACGCUGGGGGGAGGAGCGCUAGCCGAGGACCUGACCGACAGGUAGCCGACGCCGCAGCACGACGACGACGACGAGGAGGUGGUAGCCGCUGCCUACCGGCCAACCGUCUCCUCGCCGCGGAGCGAAGGUGAAGGAGGAAUUCUAGAAGGAAGGGCACGUUCAGCUUGCAAACAUGCCAUUUCCCUUUGGCAAAUCCCACAAGUCUCCUGCAGACAUAGUGAAGAAUCUGAAGGAGAGUAUGGCAGUUCUAGAAAAGCAAGAUAUUUCUGACAAGAAGGUAGAAAAGGCUACCGAAGAAGUUUCAAAAAAUCUAGUUGCCAUGAAAGAAAUCUUAUAUGGCACAAAUGAAAAGGAGCCUCAGACAGAAGCUGUGGCCCAGCUUGCUCAGGAGCUAUACAACAGUGGUCUUCUUAGCACCCUAGUAGCUGAUCUGCAACUCAUUGAUUUUGAGGGUAAAAAGGAUGUGGCUCAGAUAUUCAACAAUAUUCUGAGGAGGCAAAUUGGUACAAGAACUCCCACAGUUGAAUACAUCUGCACUCAGCAAAAUAUCCUGUUCAUGCUGUUAAAAGGAUAUGAAUCUCCAGAAAUUGCUCUGAAUUGUGGAAUUAUGUUAAGAGAGUGCAUCAGACAUGAACCACUGGCAAAAAUAAUCUUGUGGUCAGAGCAGUUUUAUGACUUCUUCAGAUAUGUGGAAAUGUCAACAUUUGACAUUGCUUCAGAUGCAUUCGCAACUUUCAAGGAUUUACUAACAAGGCACAAGUUGCUCAGUGCAGAGUUCUUGGAACAACAUUAUGAUAGGUUCUUCAGUGAAUAUGAGAAGUUACUCCAUUCAGAAAACUAUGUGACAAAACGACAGUCACUUAAGCUGCUUGGCGAAUUACUGUUGGAUAGGCACAACUUCACAAUUAUGACAAAAUACAUCAGUAAACCUGAAAAUCUCAAACUGAUGAUGAACCUUCUACGAGACAAGAGUCGUAACAUUCAGUUUGAGGCCUUUCAUGUCUUUAAGGUGUUUGUAGCCAACCCUAACAAGACACAGCCUAUAUUAGAUAUUCUUCUAAAGAACCAGACCAAACUUAUUGAGUUUCUCAGCAAGUUUCAGAACGACAGGACCGAGGAUGAACAAUUUAAUGAUGAGAAGACCUAUUUAGUUAAACAGAUCAGGGAUUUGAAAAGACCAGCACAGCAAGAAGCUUAAUCUCCUAUAAUCCCCUAAAAUAUUAAAUCCAAAUUCAGCAUUUGCUGUUAGAUAUUCAGCAUCAGGCACUCUUAUCAAUUCAUGAGGAACAUUACUGCUAACCUGCUGUUCAGUGAACAGUGUUUGUUUUUCUCUCUUUUUUUAGUCCAAGUUGACAAACCUAGCUGCUGCUUUCUUGCACAAUGUGGACUUUCUUGGUAUUUGUGUCUGAAUUCAAGCACACUGCUUGUUUUUAGAAGUUUUUUUGGGGGGGAGAUUAUUGGUUCAUAAAAGCAAACAUACAGAAGAUAGAUUGGGAUAGGAAAGAAGAUAUUAGAAUAGUUUAAGUGAUGGGGUGCAUGCUUGCAAAUCUGAUUCAAUCCUUAUGUUUGCACUUAACCUUAUAUGAGAUGCGAGCACAAUGUGAUCUGUGCAUACUUGGCACCAUAGUAUAAGAUUAUAUGCCUUGAUUUUUAAAAAAUGUGCAGUGCUUUAUUUGUAAUCAAAGGGGAAGUAGGAGCUUACUGGGAUGAACAGUUGUCUUGCAAACAAAACUGAUACUGAAACAUAGCAACUUCUAAAGAGUGAAAUGUCAGAGUUCAUAAGGAAAAUGUAUAUAUGCCUUUCACUGCUUUAUAGGUUUUUUUCCUGAGAGUGAUUUUUCUGAGAAUUGAGUUGUAGACUUGGAAAUAUGUUCUAAGGGUUUUUGUUAAUUUUACUUUGAAGGUGUUUCAGACAGUAGAGCUUAGCAGUGACACUUUGCAUUUCAUUUCAACAAUGCUUGUUGGUUUCUUUUGUAUAUAACUCCUAGGCUGCUCAUUUCUUUAAAAAAUGAUUUAAUUUGUACAGCAGAGGAAUGUUAAUGUAUUAGUCUGUAUCUUUUACCUGAUACUGAGUUUUGCAAAUGAAAGCUCAUCUGUAAUGAAUACUUAGGAUCACAUGGAAAUGAUUUCACAUUUCUUAAUACUGCAGCAUUAAAAGGAAAAGAACCCAGUUUUUCUGUACUCACUGGUCUAAUGGGGAGCCAUCAGUUAGGGUAGACUGAAGUAUAGCACUGGAGCCCACUAACCUAUAUUCUUCAAUUUCAGCCUUAUCCAUUCAUAUUAGUGCUGUAUUCAACCAAUGGCACAUUAUAAAUGCUAUUCUAAAUUACUACCAAUUUGUUUUUUUUGUGGGUACAUAUAAAAUCUCUAUUCCUUUCAUAUAGUUAAUACUCGGUAUGGUAGUUGUGAUGGUAAAUAACAAUUCCCCUUUACUUCAAAACCCAUAAUUUCUUAACUAUCCUAGUGUCCAUAUCUGGUUCGUUAAUGCUGCAAACUAUCAGUAUUUAUUUUUUUAAACGACUGAUGUUGCACCACAUUUUGUUACUGUGAUCAUAACAAAAAAUCUGCUAAAUAUAUCUAAACUAUGUUAUCAAAAUGGUAUCUUUUCAUCUUAAUUAGUAGUAUUGAGAUCACAACCAGCCAACUUUAUGGAUUAGGAGUAUAUGGAAGUUCAAAUUCGGCAUGAUUGAACCUGAAUGAGAAUGCUAUAAAAUUAUUUAUUGCUUUCUAGCUUCUUUCUGAUUAAAUUAUUUCACAAAUGAUUAAACUAAUCUUCUGAUUGACAUUUAAGCUAAUUUUUACUGCUUUCAUGAAGGAAGUAGGAAAGUAAAUCUAGCAGAUAGGAUUCGGGUAAUGUUGGACAUCUCAACAUAGUCAUGUUUCCUUUAGACUUAAUAACCUGUCCUUUGCAAAGUGAUUCAUGUCUACUGAAAGAAGAAAAAGUAAUCAUCAGCCUUUAUUAAAUCAUUUAUAUAGACAGGCAAAACUGGCCAUGAGAUGGUAUUAUAGUUCAGUACUCUGUCCUUUUUUAUAUUUUGGUUAAUCGUAGUUAAGAGGAAGAAAAUAUUACUUGGCAAGUUAUUCUCCAUUAUGCAUAAGGCUUCCACUUUAGAAAAAAAAGUAGAAAUGCUAAAAUGUAUGUGUAUAUAUAAAGAAGUUAAAAGAUGGAUUUGGAUAUUGGUUUUGCUUCUCUACUAUUUGGCAUGGGAGAAACUUUUUUUAAACAUUAAUCCUUGGAGUGUUGGCAUUCAAAAAAACUUGUAUUUAAGACCAUUUGAUGUGCUAUUCAUAUUAAAAACUAUUGUACUGGAA